AUGGCAGACUCGGUAGACUCGACACUGCUGGGCGCUGACGCAUCCCACCGCAAGAUUAUUGUGGGCAUCGAUUAUGGCACCACGUUUACAGGAGCGAGCUAUGUAAGUUCGCGGGGCUCAUCGCUAGAUAAUAUCACAGUCAUCAAAACCUGGCCAGGCAAUGCGCGCAACAUCGAUACAGUAUCCAAAACCCCAUCCCGGAUUGCAUACGCGACCGAAAAUACGAAGGCUGCAAGAGACCUGUGGGGUUACCAGGUCCCGCCUGGAAUGGUGGCAUACUCUUGGACAAAACUUCUACUGGACAAGAAUACCGCAUUAACCGCAUACGAUGACACUGCUCUUGAAGAAGCCUCGGGAGCCGGCAUCUUGCGUCUCCCAGCCGGAAAGGCAGCGGUCGAUGUUGCGGCCGACUACCUGACUCAUAUCUAUCAACAUAUCAAAUCUACCCUCGCCCGCCACAUCACCCAACAAGAUCUGGACAUCACUCCACUUGAGUUCUGGUUUACUGUGCCGGCCAUCUGGUCGGAUCAAGCAAAGGAUGCUACCCGCACCGCCGCGCAAAGAGCAGGGUUCUGGUCAAGCCCGGACAGACCUCAUGACCGGUUGUACUUCAUCAGCGAGCCUGAAGCGGCCGCAAUUACAGCACUAAAAAAGUAUACUGAUAAUAGUGUUGGAGGCUCGGUUCAGGUCGGAGACGGUGUGCUUAUCUGUGACUGUGGCGGCGGGACAGUGGAUAUUACCACCUACGUUGUUAAGCAGGUUACCCCAACACUCAAGUUUGAAGAGCUGUUAACUGGCAUUGGAGGAAAAUGCGGUUCCACGGCAAUCGAUCGUAAUUUCUACAAGCUCAUGUCCCACAGAUUCGGUAAGGCAUUCGACAAUUUGCCGUUAUCUGCAAAGGGCCCCGGGAGUCAUUCUAUGAACAGGUUCGAGGUCAUCAAGAAGGAUUUUGGAGAUUCCUGCUUUCUCGACAUACUUGAAUUACCUCUGAACAUGACCUUGCCAAACGCAAAACGGAGCAAGCACUUCGACGCAGAUGAACGUCUAGUCAAAAUCACAAGUGUUGACUUGCGCACUAUCUUUGAUCCUGUGGUCAACCAGAUCAUCAGUCUAGUGCAGCGGCAGAUCACGGACGCUCGCAACUUGGGCGGUAGAGAAAUGAUCAAUAGAAUCAUACUUGUCGGUGGGUUCGGCGAGUCGGAGUACCUUCGAAGAGCCCUCGUGUCGACAUUUGAGACUACGGGCAAAGUCACCAUCACGAUCCCCGAUAACCCGCAAGCGGCUAUCGUUCAAGGUGCCGCCCUCCGCGGUCUGGAAGGUAUCCGGUCAACCACUAAGCGGUGCCGGCGCCACUAUGGGUUUGACCGGGCGAUCGAUUUCCGCAAGGGUUAUGAUGACGAAAGAGACGCCUGGAUCGAUGAUUUCGAUGGGAAGAAGCGGGUCCGAGGUAUUAUGAAGUGGAUGAUUGCCAAGGGCGAGAAAUAUGUGGAGAACUACAAACAAACCACAUACGUGCGGCAGAGCCACUCUCAUGGUGACUCUCUGAAGAAGACUACCAACUUCUACGCCUGUGAUGAGAUGCUGGCUCCCGAACGAAAGAAGACGAAGGGUGCUAUUGUAGUCGACUUCACUCAAGUCAACCUGUCUCGAUUUGAGUUUAGGGAGAAGAACGGGCAGAAAAUAUACGACUUGCAAUACAACAUCAGGGUUACCUUUGCCGCGAUGGACGGGCUGCUGAAAUUUGAGGCCACCAGCCAGGGGAAGACAAUUGGUCAAACAAGCAUCGAGUUCACGGCGACCUAA